AUGGUUAAAUACGAAACUGUCAAAUUAGCCACUGGUGCCGAUUUACCGCUUUUUGGUUUAGGUACAUGGCUAUCCAAUGAUCCGGUAGCUCUAACAACAGCAUUGAAGACAGCUCUGGAUGCUGGAUAUCCGUUAAUCGACACUGCUUAUGUUUAUUAUAACGAAGCUAUCAUCGGGAAUGUACUCCAGGAAUAUUUUACUUCCGGCAAAUUAAAACGAAAAGAUAUCUUUAUCAUAACAAAACUACCACUUAUGGUACGUAGACCAGAUAAGAUCGAAGAAUUGGUGAAGAAACAGUUGAAAGAUUUGCACGUGGAUCAUUUAUUUAAUCGUUAUAUGUAA